AGACGGCAAUGUCGUAUUCGAGCCAGCACCUGCUGAUGUUCCAACCAGUCCAAAACGAAAAAAGCUGAAACGGAGUGCUACCACGGCGGGAAUUUCAGAUUCGGUCAACGGUAUGGACGUGCUUGCCCCACCCGAGGAAUCGCCUUCUGUAGCCCCGAAAAAAAGGAAGAGGAAAGUCGGCGAUUCUACAUCCAAGGACCCGGUCGUAGUCGACACUACCCAGAAUUUGUCUGGGCAGCUAGACAAAAAGAGCUAUGUCGCUAAUUCUGGCGAUCUCCAUCGUAAUGCCAAACCUGCGAAAUCCGAGAAGAAGAGAGGGAAAAAAUCGAUUAAUGAUACAAAACCGGAUCGGAUGGAGGAUGCUGAAAGGGACAGUCCUUCUGCAGCAUCGGAGUCUACCUCCGUUGACCGACCCGGGAAACUCGGGGGUAUCCAAAUCCUCUGCAGGCACGCCAUCGCGCGUCGCAAAUGCCAUCAAAAAGAAAACUCUCCUUUCCAAUGAAGACGAAGCCGAAGAAACCGUGGCAGAUGCCUAUGACAAAUUUUUUCGUUCCGGUCAAGAAUCAGAUCACGAGGAAACCGAAGUGUCCAGCCAAACAGCCAUCUCAAAUAAGAAUGCUAAGAAGCGGCCUACAGAAACAAUUAAACCCGACGAAAAUUUAACCAAUAGCAAGCGUGUGGGACAAAGAAAGGCGAAACAAUCCGAUGCAGAAACAUCGAAGAGGGCCUCAACUGCUGAGGAGUUAGAGGCCGCUCAAGCCACGAUCAGGGCUGCCAUUGCCCAAAAUUCAUUGCGAAGAAAUCAAGCUACAGUUAAUGAUACAGCAACUGCUGAUGCCGGCCUCUCAGCAGCUAUUUCCAAAUUAUCAUCUAGUAUUAUGGGCGGGCCACCCACUUACACUUCGGACACAGUUCCCGCCACGGAAACUAGACCUUCAUCGUCUUCAAUUUCUAAGGAGGCAAAGAGUCGCCGGUUGAAAAAACUGCCCCAUGUUAAUGGACAUUCUCACACUACUUUGCAUGCCCCUCUGGAGCCCCGUAGCUCUGCGGCAGUGUCUACCAUCGAAAUGGAUGUUUUCGGUCCUGUUACUAACCCUUCGUCUGCGGUAAAGAAAUGGUCCGAGUCUGGGCCUAAGAAUAAUGGUCGCGAAGGUGAUAGCUCCCUUGACAAGAGCAGCCCCAACGGAGGCGUAACUUUGAAAGAGAUGAUUUCUGGAGAUGAUGAAGAGCUUGGGGCUUUGAUCAGAGGACCCCAGCGUGGGCGCAUGAGCGUUGGUCAAAUUCUUUCGGUGGCCAUCGCAGGUAGGGAUGAAGACGAUGUUAAUGGAGAACUCGAAGAAGAUGAAGAAAUUCAACCGAAGUAUCGUAGCUUUUCUGUUGCGGAUGCAUCCUCAUCGGAAGAUGAAAUCGAAGACGGUGCCUCCUCCGACGCAGUUCCCGAAACAGGCCGGCAAGCCUCUGUUCCUUUGGUGGCAUCUUCUAUCCCGCAGGAACAUCGAUGCGCUUCCCCAGCCAUGGGGUCUUCUGCCGCUGAUUUGAAGGUUGUCGUCUCGAAAGGCUCAGAACAGCCUGCAGGAGAUGAUGACCAUCCUGUAAACGGUGCCCUUGUGCCCGCUGCGCCUGAGGAAGAGUCCCAUGCACCUCCGAUUUCUCCCAAGCUCCCAACGAGGCCAGAACCCGAUUCACCCAUAGAAUCUUUUGAUGAGCCACAGCAGGCAUUUCAAACUCACAUAUGGUCGCCUCCUCCUCGCACCAAUGGUUUGCUCAAGAGGAUGAAGGGUAAAAGCGUGUCACUUUCCCCUCAGAAGCCUCGUCUGCAACCACCAAUGCUGUCAAGAAAUGGGAAAUUGAACGGAGUUUCAGAAGAAGCUGAUCCCGAGGCCCCGAAAAUCGCAUCUCAGUUGCCGUCCACGCAACUUACAGCAUUGAUGGAGUCUAUCGAUUUCGACAGCGCUCCAAAGCCUGUUUCCCCUACGCUGCGCCGGCAAUCCUUGGAUACCUGGGCGAUACUCAAACCCUCUUCUCCCAAUACUGAUGCCGAUUCAUCUAUGAAUUACGAUGAACUUGUUUCAAUGAAUUAUGAGGAACUUACAUCAAGUACUCGCAACGAUCGUCGUCUGGCCUCGCAGGUGACAACGCAACAAACCGCUGAAAGAGCCAGCCCAUCGGACUUUCAUGACUCCCAACCAACCGACGAUCCUCUGUUUCUUCCUUCGGAGUGUCAGCAUCCGUUUCCCUACUCUCAGUACCAAGCAGGGACAGAUGACCAAGCACUCGACGCCAACGAUUCAGAGGACGAAGAUGAGGUCGAGGCAACCGUAAAAUCAGAACGGGAUGUAACUGCCAGCUCGUUUCGUAGACUGACAGACAUCGGAAGUCAGAGGAACUUCUUUUCAAACCAACCGCUCGGGCGGCAAAAGGCAGCCUUUUCUCGUCUGACGCAGAAAGAUUUGUACGGCAACGAGAUAGACGAUGAUGAGUCUGAUUCUUCGGAUGGAGAUAGCGACCGUGGUACUGAAAAGACAUCUCAUAUUCCUCAGUCACGUCGAGCAGGAGCAAAGUAGAAUAUUUUUUCGGUAUUGUUUCUUGAGAAUGAAGCCAUAGUACUGUCCUGAUUCAUUUCUGACUCGUGCCCCAUCACAUGGCCUGGCUUUG